GGUGGGCAGCCCAGCCGGCAGCCGGUUGGAGGUGGCUGCUGCAGCCCUGGCGAGGCGCACACUUCGAGGCAGACGCGCUCCAAACGCCUCCUCCCUGCGCCACGAGGAUGGAACAGCCGUCCCUACCCGGGACUGGCGCAAGGCGGUGACUGAACGGUCAGAUCAUGAACUAGAAGAAAUGCUUUUCCUGACUCUACUCGGUCGAUGCCCUCUCUUCUUCCCUUCUCCUGCACUCGCCUAAUUCUACAAGCUGUCAGCUCAGCAACUGUGUCGGUAGACCCACGCCCACCUUCCCUGUCAACACUUGGGUGUCUAGGAUGUCUGCAAAGCCCCACAGUCGGGGUUCCCAGGCAAGGACAGCAAUAAUGAAGAGAUGCAUGUGUUAGCUGCAGCCUUUUGAGUCACACACAAAGGAAAUCAAGGUGUGGACAGAGCUGGAACCAUUGCCACACUUGUUGGAAUAAAUGAGGAAUGGACUUGUGAUUAUGCUGACAUUCCAGCAUGAAUCUGGUAGACCUGUGGUUAACCCGUUCCCUCUCCAUGUGUCUCCUCCUACAAAGUUUUGUUCUUAUGAUAUUGUGCUUUCAUUCAGCCAGUAUGUGUCCCAAGGGUUGUCUUUGUUCUUCCUCUGGGGGUUUAAACGUCACCUGUAGCAAUGCAAAUCUCAAGGAAAUACCUAGAGAUCUUCCUCCUGAAACGGUCUUAUUGUAUCUGGACUCCAAUCAGAUCACAUCUAUCCCCAAUGAGAUUUUCAAGGACCUCCAUCAACUGAGAGUUCUCAACCUGUCCAAAAAUGGUAUUGAGUUUAUUGAUGAGCAUGCCUUCAAGGGAGUAGCUGAGACUUUGCAGACUCUAGACUUGUCCGACAACCGGAUUCAAAGUGUGCACAAAAAUGCCUUCAAUAACCUGAAGGCUCGGGCCCGAAUUGCCAACAACCCCUGGCACUGUGACUGUACUCUACAGCAAGUUCUGAGGAGCAUGGCAUCCAAUCACGAGACGGCCCACAAUGUGAUCUGUAAGACUUCUGUGUUGGACGAACACGCAGGGAGACCAUUUCUCAAUGCUGCCAAUGAUGCUGACCUUUGUAACCUCCCUAAAAAAACUACUGAUUAUGCCAUGCUGGUUACCAUGUUUGGCUGGUUCACCAUGGUGAUCUCAUAUGUAGUGUAUUAUGUGAGGCAAAAUCAGGAGGAUGCCCGGAGACACCUUGAGUACUUGAAAUCCUUGCCAAGUAGGCAAAAGAAAGCAGAUGAACCCGAUGACAUUAGCACUGUGGUAUAAUGUUCAAAUUGACUGGCACUGAAAGAAAGUAGUUUGCAACUGCAGUAGAAUAAGUGGUUUACUUCUCCCACCCAUUGUAAACAUUUAAAACUUUGUAUUUCAGUUUCUUUUGAAUUAUGCCACUGUUAAACUUUAACAUAACAUAAUUUUAGUUUAGAUGAUCUACUCCUUCAACUGUACCCCUGGUGGUAUAUUCCUGAGUAAGCUACUAUCAAAACAUUAGUUAGAACCAUCUCACUAUUUAAUAAUGAAAUUUAUUUUUUUAAUUUAAAACCAAAUAAAAGCUUAACUUUGAACCAUGGA